GGAGGUGUUGGUGUAGGAGGUGAUGGUGUAGGAGGAGGUGGUGUAGUUGGUGGUACAGGAGGUGAUGGUGUUGGAGGUGAUGGUGUAGGAGGUGGUGGAGCAGGAGGUGGUGGUGUAAGAGAUGACUGUGAGGUGAUGGUGCAGGAGGACAUGGUGCAGGAAAUGGUUGUGUAA